GGGGUUUUCUCUCUUAAACAUCAGCAGAACAGACCAUGAAGCUCAUCCACACUGACAGGCAAUGUAGGAUCCACAAGCUGUGUCUGGCCCCUGUGACAUCUCUGACCUUUCUCUGUGAUUAAACCGGGACUGGGACAAGGACAGGGACAGCCAUGAGUGAAGACACUGAUGGACUGGCAGAGCUGGACUCUGAGCACAAUGCAGAGCUGGCCGACAUGGUGGCCGCCAUGAGCAUGGCAUCCAACCGGAUGACCCCGCCCAACGGUCACCGAAGGCCCCCUGCACCAGCGCGCCGGAAGCUGUCAUUGUCAGACAGGAAGCUAUCAUUGCAGGAACGAUCGACCCCGCCACGAGAGGCCCGACAGCCCACCAUCGAGUCCAAGCGGGUGUCCAUUUCAGAUUCCCAGAAUUGUAUCCAGCUCAACCAAUACAAGUUGAAGGAUGAGCUUGGAAAGGGCUCAUAUGGGGUGGUGAGAUUAGCUUACAAUGAAGAUGAUGAACAAUACUAUGCAAUGAAAGUUUUUUCAAAAAAGAAGUUGAUGAAGAUGUGUGGAUUUCCUCGGCGUCCCCCUCCUCGAGGAGCCAGCACAGAACAGGGACUACCACCCAAACCCCUGGGGCCACUGGAGAGAGUCUACCAGGAGAUCGCCAUCCUGAAGAAACUAGACCACCUUAACAUUGUCAAUUUGGUGGAGGUUCUCGAUGAUCCUGCUGAAGAUAAUCUCCACAUGGCCUUUGAGUUAAUGCCAAAAGGCCCAGUGAUGGAGGUGCCCUCAGACACUCCUUUCACAGAGGGACAAGCCCGCUUCUACUUCAGAGACAUCCUCCUGGGGAUUGAAUACUUGCACUACCAGAAGAUCAUCCACAGAGACAUCAAGCCUUCCAACCUGUUGCUGGGAGACAAUGGGCAUGUGAAGAUUGCAGACUUUGGUGUCAGUAACCAGUUUGUGGGGAGUGAUGCUCUCCUGUCCAGCUCAGCAGGGACUCCAGCCUUCAUGGCCCCCGAGAUGAUGACUGACCAUGAACAGAGCUUUACUGGCAAGGCCUUGGAUGUGUGGGCCAUGGGAAUCACCCUGUACUGCUUUGUCUAUGGGAAGUGCCCUUUCAUCGAUGAAUACAUCAUUGGCCUGCACAAUAAGAUCAGGAACAGGCCUGUGGAGUUCCCAGACAUGCCGGAGGUUUGCAAGGAGUUGAAGGAUCUUAUUGUAAGGAUGCUGGAUAAAAAUCCUUAUACAAGGAUCACCAUUCCUGAAAUCAAGGAGCACCCGUGGGUGACGGAGGAUGGCACUGACCUACUACCCCUGGAGGAGGAACACUGCACCGUGGUGGAGGUCACUGAGGAGGAGGUCCAGAACUCUAUCAAACUCAUCCCCAGUCUGUCUGCUGUGAUCCUGGUGAAGUCCAUGCUGAGGAAGAGGUCCUUCAGUAACCCUUUUGUGUGUCAGAACAGGAGGGCAGAGAGGUCCAUGUCUGCUCCAGGAGGUUUCCUUGCAGACUCUUGGGGGAUUUUGGAAUCCAAGGUUCAUCCUUCGUUGAGGAAAUCAAGCCGAGUCGGAGAGUUGGAUGGAAGCGUAGUAGGAGAGUUGGAGGACCUUACUGAAGAUGAUGGUACAUUUGCAUAGGCCUGCUGGUAAACCUGCUCCUACACCAUUCUUUCUUUGUUUUUUUUCUUUUCUGAUUGACCUGUUUAAAUUAAAGGACAGACCUGUUUAAAGAAAACUCUUUGCUGUAUCUUCACAUAAUAUGUAAUAUUAAUGUAAUGUAUUUGAAGAAAGAUCCAAAUGAAAGAGCUCACCCCGAUACAGUCUUUUAGAAAGAUUUGUGAUAAACCUUUAUAUAUCAUAUAAUAACAGUACAAACCAUGUGUUAGUUUUUUAAAACUUUUGUCUUAUCCCAACUGCAUGAUGUUUGUGUCUGUUGUUAACAUAGGUUUCAUUGUCUAUUCAUGAGUGUACUAUAGUACUCUUAAUAGUCUGAAUGCGUUUAGUACGGUUAGCUCUGUGUUUCUACAAAUAUUACACCUAUGUGCUCAGCUGAAAUGUGGUUGUUACAAUGCAAAUAUUUACCAUUCUAAAGAAGUCAUUUUUGCAUGCUUUCAUACAGUUGAUGUUGACGAUAAUUAAAGUUAGCAAAUGAACAUUCUUGUUUGUUCCCUGUAUAGCUCUCUCUAACAGGAUGUGCUGACUCUUGCACGCAGGUGUUAUUAACGUCCUAUAGUGCAAGCAAUCUUUCAUCUGGAGCCGUUUAAAAAAAAAGAGUAGGACUAAAUGCUUUAUUAGCAUUUUUUUUUUUACUGUUGUACAAAUUGAAGUGAGUAACAUCACAUCUAGAACUCCAUCAAGAUGUCAAAUGGACUUCUGGUACAUGUGUCAGAAUAGCCUGACCACAGCUUUUAGGACAACAUACAGAUUUAAGAGUGAAAAGCAAGUUAUGUCAACACAAAGUCUGCAUUGCGAGGAGCUAAAAAGUGGAGCUUAUUCUGAAUCAUCUCAGCUGACAUGAAAGUUAUAUAAUAUGACAAUGUAAACACCUGAAUAAGACAAAAUACCUUUUUUCGGUUUGGCUUUUUUCAUUGGUGCUUUUGAAAUUCUGAAGUAUAUCACAGAAUUUUCAACAAUAUGGCCACAUAUUUGUUCAUAUUGAUAUUCCCUCAUGUCAUAGCCCAGUAGGCUAUUCAAAUAUGGCUCUGUUUUUUGUAAAAAACAACAACUGGAAUAACACUUGUAUUAUUGUGACAGGGUAGGAACCUGGGCCCAGAUUCACAAAACCUUCUUAAGAGAAAUGUCUUCUUAAUACACCCACAAACUUAAUCUGAAAGUUUCAGUAUUGAUUAUUUUAACCCAAGAACAUGUUUUAGAACAGUAAUCGCAAUAAUAAAUAUGCUAACAUGAUUACCAUUGCUAGCUAGCUAGCUAGCUAAAUUGGUUGCCUAGAGAUUACUGUUCUAAAAUAUGUUCUUGGGCUAAAAUAAUCAAUACGAAAACUAUUUUAGCUAUCGUAGAAUUUCCAAUAACUUUAGUUCAAGAAUCUACAUUUCUUCUUAACUUUUUGCUUCAGGAGAAAUAGCUCAAGAACAUUUCCAAGAACCUUUUUGAAGAAUAGCAACUUUGCUUAACUUUCUUCUUAAGUCUAUAGUUAUGGAGAAAAUGGCAGUUAAGAAGACAUUUCUUCUUAAGAACGUUUUGUGAAUCUGGGCCCCUCUGAAUGGGCCGCUGGGACCUUAAUUAGGAUGGGACAGGUCGAAAGUAUCAAAGCGCCCCUAUGACGUGUUUAGGUAUGAGAUUUUGUACCUGAAGUUGAUGGAGACUGUGUCUGAGAACCAUGCUGUUUUGAAGAAAUGUUUGGGGUGUGUGCAAUCUACUAAGGUAUGUGUCUACUUUGAUUUUCAGUGUUUGUUUAUUCAAAAUUGAAAGACAUAUAGUCAUAGGCCUUAUGUUCAAUGUCCCUGUUUCUUUGUAAAUAUACCACUAGAUGGCA